AUGACCACCAAAGGAAGCUGCAUGUGUGGGGACGUCGAGUACCAGUUCACUGGUGAGCCCGCAAUGAAGGCUCUGUGCCACUGCAUCGAUUGCCAAAAGUGGACUGGCGGUGCCUUCACCUCCAACGCGGUCGUGCCUCGAACCUCUUUCCAGGUGAACAAGGGAAGCCCAAAGGCUUAUGACAUUACAGGUGACUCGGGCAAGAUCAACAAGCACUUCUUCUGCUCCAACUGCGGAUCUAGCCUGUACACCGAGCUCGAGAUCAUGCCUGACAUGACUGUCAUUAAGGCUGGUGGUCUGGAUGGUGGUGCUGCAAGCCUUGGUAACGCGAUUGGAGCUGAGCUCUAUGUGAAGGACAGGGUCUCCUACCUCCAGAGCAUCGAUGGCGCGAAGCAGGAGCAGAAGAUGUAG